GACCAAGAGGGAUUCAAACGCGUUUUGAUUUUAAUGCAGAAACAUUGCAUCCAGUCAAUGGGACCAACGCGUGCUGCAUUAGCUGGACUCAUUGUCUGCUUCUGGAAGGAAGCAGCUGAAAAUAUUUAAAUUGAUCAGGAAAUAGAUCGGAUAGCUCAGAAAGGAGUGUCCAUUUGACAGACAUUUUGCCUAGCUAACCACUGUAAACAGCAGGACACGGCUAAAGACCCCAUUGUAGUGGGGAAAAUGGUCCAAAAUCACGCCUUGAUAAUAUGAGGUAGAACCGCGGUUUUGUUGCAGUCGGAGACUGAGUAUUGAUGCAUCAAAGGACCUCCUCGAUUGUAGAUCAGUGAAUACCGGACUUCUUUCUUCUUUCUCGACUUUCAGUGUUGCUGAAAAUCUCAGCGGGUAAAAUCUUUGAUUCCGAAGAGUUCCUUGUUCACAGCGCGAUGAAUUUCCAGUCGAGUGUCCCUGUAUCCGUGUCGGUCUCCGGUAUCUCCCAGCAGUCGCAACCGGCCAUGCCCACCCCAGGCACCGUCCCAGCGCCUGUUCCAGUACCGGUGCCCCAGUCCGUUCCACCCCAGUUCGGAUCCGGAUCGUCUGCAAGCUCAGGGGCGGGUCAGUUUGGCUCGGGAACCGUAUCAGGCCCAGCUGCCCAAUCUGGCCCGUCUGGCUCCCAGUUUGUCCUGUCCAACUCCGCAGCCAUAAGGGCAGAAAUCCAUAGGUUCGAGUCCGUCCACCCGAACAUUUAUGCAAUUUACGACUUGAUCGAGCGCAUAGAUGACCUGGCCCUUCAGAAUCAGAUCCGAGAGCACGUUAUCUCCAUUGAAGACUCCUUUGUCAACAGUCAGGAAUGGACAUUGAGUCGGUCAGUACCAGAGCUCAAAGUGGGCAUCGUGGGGAACCUCUCGAGCGGGAAGUCGGCCCUGGUGCACCGCUACCUGACAGGAACAUAUGUUCAGGAGGAGUCACCUGAAGGGGGCCGAUUUAAAAAGGAGAUCGUUGUGGAUGGACAAAGCUACCUGCUUCUGAUCAGAGAUGAAGGAGGACCUCCAGAGCUACAGUUUGCUGCCUGGGUGGAUGCUGUGGUAUUUGUCUUCAGCCUUGAGGACGAGAUCAGUUUCCAGACAGUCUACAACUACUUCCUGCGUCUGUCUAGCUACAGGAAUACAAAUGAGGUGCCCAUGGUGUUGGUCGGUACGCAAGAUGCCAUCAGCGCCACCAACCCCAGGGUCAUUGAUGAUGCUCGUGCCCGGAAGCUCUCCAACGACCUGAAGCGUUCCACAUACUACGAGACCUGCUCCACUUACGGCCUCAACGUGGAGCGAGUCUUCCAGGACGUCGCCCAGAAGGUGGUGGCCCUGAGGAAAAAACAGCAGCUCUCCAUUGGCCCAUGCAAGUCCCUCCCUAAUUCCCCCAGCCACUCAUCUGUCCCCGCUGCGUCCAUUGUCCACAUCAAUCAGGCGGCUAACGGUGGGGGUGCCUUCAACGACUACUCGUCCUCAGUGCCCUCCACGCCUAGCAUGGGCCAGCGGGAGAUGCGGAUCGAGACCAUCGCCGCCUCCAACACGCCCACGCCCAUCCGCAAGCAGUCCAAGCGCCGCUCCAACAUCUUCACAUCGCGGAAAGCCAGUGAGCAGUCAAAGAGCAUUGACAGUAAAACUGACAGCAUAGGCAGUGGAAGGGCCAUACCCAUCAAACAGGGAAUCCUUUUAAAGAGGAGUGGGAAAUCCCUGAAUAAAGAAUGGAAGAAGAAAUACGUGACCCUGUGUGAUAACGGCCUCCUGACCUACCACCCUAGUUUACAUGACUACAUGCAGAAUGUGCAUGGGAAGGAGAUCGAUCUGUUGAGGACCACAGUGAAGGUGCCAGGGAAGAGGCCACCGCGUGCUGUGGCCACGGUCGCCCCCACCGCCAGCCCCAAGACCAACGGCCUGCCCAAGGACCGCAGCACCCUCUCUCUCUCCCCCUCUCGCUCCAAUGGCAUGGCAGACCCGCUGACGUGCAGUCCCGCGAUGGGCAGUGCCACCAGUCCCAAGCUGGAGCCGCCACCUUCGCCUCAUGCCAACCGCAAGAAGCAUCGGCGGAAAAAGAGCACUGGCAUCACCAAACCAGACGGGAUGUCCGCAGGGACUGAGGAGCAAGAGGAGUCAUUCGAGUUCAUCAUUGUGUCACUUACCGGACAGAUGUGGCACUUUGAGGCGUCAACAUUUGAGGAGAGGGAAUUAUGGGUACAGGCCAUUGAAAGCCAGAUCUUUGCCAGUCUACAGUCCUGCGAGAGCAGCAAAAACAAGUCACGGUUAGGCAGCCAGAGUGAUGCUGUGGCCAUCCAGUCCAUCAGGAACGUGAGAGGAAACAGCUUCUGUGUGGACUGUGACGCCCCCAACCCCGACUGGGCGAGCCUGAACCUGGGCGCUCUGAUCUGCAUCGAGUGCUCAGGGAUCCACCGUAACCUGGGCACACACCUGUCGCGCGUGCGGUCCCUGGAUCUGGACGACUGGCCCGUGGAGCUCAGCAUGGUCAUGGCUGCCAUCGGCAAUGCCAUGGCCAACAGCGUGUGGGAGGGGGCCUUGGAGGGCUACACCAAGCCAGGCUCAGACUGCACCAGAGAGGAGAAGGAGCGCUGGAUCCGGGCGAAGUACGAGCAGAAGCUGUUCUUGGUGGGGCUGCCCCAGUCGGACGUGCCUCUGGGCCAGCAGCUGCUGCGGGCGGUGGUGGAGGACGACCUCCGCCUGGUGGUGCUGCUGCUGGCGCACGGCACCAAGGAGGAGGUCAACGAGACGUACGGCGACGGGGACGGCCGCACGGCACUCCACCUCUCCUGCGCCAUGGCCAACGUGGUCAUCACCCAGCUGCUCAUCUGGUAUGGAGUGGACGUGAAGAGCCGUGAUGCGCGCAGCCAGACCCCGCUGUCGUACGCCCGGCGCGCGGGCAGUCAGGAGUGUGCCGACAUUCUGCUCCAGCACGGUUGUCCCAACGACAGCGGCGUGGGCCUGGCCUCGGCCCCCACCCCCACCGCCACCCGCCGCAACCCCAACGCCAACAACAACAACGCCCAGUGCGAGCUCAACCGCAGCAUCAGCAUCAUGUAGGACCAGAGGAGGGGUGGAUGAGGACAACCCCCAACCCAUACCGACACUCCAACCCACCCGCACUGACUGACUGUGUCUCCCUUCCCUCGCAUACUGUGCCUAAGUCCACCACCCUCCUCACCGCCUCCCCAUCCCAGGUCCAAGAGCCCAGAUAGCAACAGGUUCUGGAGCAGAUGUGGCCUGGUUCUGGUGUGGAUCCGACCCAGUUCCAGACUCUGCUGCCAUCUGGCUGUUGGUGUUGGCCAGAUUGUGUCUCCAUUCAUUACCACUGUUCCCUCCUGUGUCUCCUCUCCCAUGUGAUUGUGGCGUCCGUCUCCCCACCCACUGCAGAGCAUGGCAGGCUGCCCCCUCUGUGAGCGUCUCGUGUCAGUGACCCUUGAGUGAGUUGGCUGUCCACCGUGCACUGUAUCCCCACCGAUUCCAUUACCAGAGCCCCGGGUCCUGGCCAUGUCUGCAAAGCUCACUCCACACACCCCAAGCAAAUCCUACCCCACCAACCAAGCCAACUGACCUCCCUUUAUCUCGGAAAACACACAACAAUACACACUCACAAACAGAGAUUUCACUGUGGGCACCCUCUUCUCUGGUCUGUAGUUCGCCCUACUUGAUGAACCUUUAUGCCACCUCCUUGUCCAGUAAAUUCAGGGAAAAUGGCCAUAAUAGGGAAGUGAGGACAUGAUCACAGGGCUUGAAGUUCUCAGGCACUGUGCCAGAACUGAGGCUUGGGCCAGGCCUUUUAAGAUUUGAACAUAGGUUAUUAUACAUAAAGGCUUUGACAUUUUCUGAUAACUUCAGGCACAAAAAUGUUCCUUGCUAUAAGCAGUCUAAUAAAUCUAAAACUUUACCAAAAUUUGAAGUGUGACAUUAUGUCAAGUUAUCAUUACUGUAAAGUUUUCAAGAGAGAUUGGGAUCUAGAAGGUCUCUUUAAGGUCACUGGAAUCCCAAGGGCAGCCUAUAACAUGUGUAGAUAAUAAUAGCCUCUGAAUAUAUUCAUCUUGUCAACAACUGCAUAAAAUUUGCUGAACCAAUUUCAGCCUCAACUUCAACCUCUGACUGAUCAAUUUUAGGCCGCCUGUAUGAUGUUUACAUUUAACAGCUAAAAGUCUAAAACAAAGCGCAAACUCUGUGUUGUACAUGAGUAGUGGUUGGUGUAUGUAAUGGCGUUUUAAGCUUAUUUAUAUCAGCACUACUUUAAUAUUGCACCACCUGGACAUUCAUUGGAACCUGGAUUAAAAACAAAAUGACAUCAGUUUUCAUUGAUUCGUCAUAUCGUAGUUAUAGAUAUAGGAGAGAUACAGUGAACAACACUAACCUUAGGAAGUGAACUUGUAAAAACAACAUUAGAAGUAAAAUUCAGGUCAAAGAUAGUUGUGGGAAACUAUGGAAUUAGAGAUCACUGUGAGGGCAGGUUUGAAAAGCCCCAUCAAACCCAACCUGAUUGUGUCAUAUAGAUGACCAAAGGGGUCACUGAAUUCCCUCCACCCCCGUGACGGGACUGAAGAGUGAGAUGCCAUGCAAAUGCCUCUUUAAACGCGUGAUACCUAGUGAUUACACUGAAACAGCCUCGUCUUGACCGGCUCUUUGCGUUUGUGGAUGGGGAGCUCUUGUGAUCCCCUACCAUUCUUUUGAACGACGGGAAUGCUGUCCAUGUUCCUGGAGAAUGUGCCAGCCAGCGGAAUUGGUCAGCACUUGAGACAACAUCUGAACUGCCCGGCUCUCCAUUCCUGAAGUCCCUCUGCAACAUGUGAGUGGACGUGAAGGUGUGAGAGUGUCAUAGAGAAAAGCGCAGACACAGAGAGAGAGAGAGAGAGAGGUAAGGUGGAGGCCCAAGGAGAGGAAGUGCUCUUUAAACGUCAAAACUUUGGGAAGCAAAAACCAACAUGGCCGCAAGCCAGCGAGAUGGGAGAAAAUGAUGUACAGAUUCAUGUAAAAAGUCCCUAUUUUCCUCACAGCCAUUCCACUGUCGCGUGGACCCACUACCCCAGUGGCUCUCCUGGACUGGCUAUGACUCUUCCCUCUGAAACUAUUAUCCUAAUGUCCUGAUUCAGGGAACCUACCCAGUCCCAUUUAGGUACUAAACUUCAGUGUCUUGUCAUCUUGUAGAACAGACGAAGAAAUGACCUUCAGGUCUCAUCUGGUCACAAGGACUGGGAUUGCUUUGUUGACCAGUAGAUCUGAAUGUUCUCUGAUUCAUUGUGUGGCUGUAGUCUUUUUCCUUACAUUAUGAGUGACACGGCCAUUUUUAGAUUUUUAGCAAAAAAUGCAUUAGAUAUAUUUCUGGAUUUAAGCAAGUAGCACAAGGUCUACAGAGGUCCGGUCUGUGUGAACCAGACUUCAAGAUUCUCCUACUCAAAGUCGUAGAUGUUUUACCAUGCAGUAUUUUAUGUUUACAGACCCAGGGUACUACUUAAGCAUGGUACCAUUAUUUUCUUUUUACCUAGUUGGUGUGCAGAGUCAUUAUGUAAAAUAACAUGACCUAUAUGCACACUAGGAGGGCAAUGAAAAAGAGAAAGAUCGUCAAAAAAAAGAACGUUGGGUGAACGUUUAAAUUAAACUGUCAUUAUAGUCUCUUUUGCUAGCUCCUUAUUUGGCCUCGUUACCAUUUGCAUCUGUGAUAUUUGUGCCUCAGAGUUUAUUGUGACCACCAAAGUGCUUUCAUAACACUGCCAUACGCUGAAUAGGGAGACGAUGUGACAAGUUCAUGCCAACAAACAAACUGCUCAAGAAGGCUGUGAUGUAAUACGCCAUUAUGACUUAAACGAAGCUACCAAAAGCCAUGCCAGCUCACUCUCUGUUGGGAGGGAGCCUCAAAGUGUCUGUUUUCAUGAGCUGUUAUGUCACACAGUAUGGCAGUAUUAUGGCAGACUGGUCAGAAGAAGGUUUUUUGUUGGGGUUUUUUCUCUCCAACAGCUAAACCUAAGUGGGUACAUACCUCUUAUUCAAUGCAUCACACACAGGUCACUAAGAAUAGACUGUUCUACAUUUGGGUUUUGUCUUUUGUUUUUUAAAUAAUGGGCAUUGUCUGUCAAAUGUUGUUUAAAUAUCAUUAUUUUGUUCAAUUCGGCUAUUCAACAUAAUGUUGAAAUAACAGAAAGCCUUCAAAGAAAAUAUUUGUUUUUAAUGCACCAACAAACCUGAAUCUGAAGAUAUUUGACCUCAACGAAGACUAUGUGAAAGAUGGUAUUUUACCCUUAGAAGAUACAAUAUGCUAUACCUUUGAUGUGCCCUUAGUGUUUGCGCCCGACCUCUGUGUUCUGACUACAGUCUUUCCGUGGGAAAGCUAGUUCUGGGAAUCUUUUAUGUUGUCUAAUGAAACAUUCAGAGUACAGUUAUAUGUAUGAAGCCUGAGUAGGCAAGAUGUAAAGAGGUGGGACUAGGAACAAGGCUUCAAGCUCUGUAGCCACUGCUACUAUUCCACUUUAAUGCUGUGUUUAUGAAUGGAUUACACAUGUUUAGCUAGACACAGUUAGAGAAAAGUGCCCUCUCUUCCAGUCAUUAUUAUUUUUUACCCCCAAAGAUCACUGGUUGAAGAUAUAGGUAGAUAUAUCAAGCUAGGACCUUGGACCUUAUCCUAAGCAGUCUGAAUGUGUUGUGUGAGUUUUUUUGCCAUGUACAGAUAUGGGUGCACUAGCAUGAAAAAGAGGAGAUUUUCAGAGGUAAAUAUAAGGCAAGUGACCUUUUGUGUGAGGUGUUUAAGGGGCAGCACCUGAAAGCUAGUUUCUGCUCUAGGAAGGAAUUGGGCCUCUAGGUAUGAGCUUUGUCCUGACUAACAGCCAUUCAUGCUUUCAGGUGCACUAGCACUGUCUUCAACUGUUAGAUAGCAAUGGCCUCUUUCCCUCAUAAACAUUGUAUCUUUUACAUUACUUUGGUUUUAUCUCUUUUUAAUGAUGUUUUAGGUACUUUUAUUUGGUCAUUUUUGGCCAUUUUAAGGUACUUUGUGUAAAAUGAUGUACAUUUGACAUAUUUAUAAUGCAGGAUGUAAAUAUUGUUUUGUUUGUUUUUGUUCUUUUUUGUUUUGUUUUUGUUAAUUUUCCAUUGUGUUUAAUUUCCAUGUUCCAAGUGUGAAAUCAAGCAAAAGCAAGAGAGUAACCUGUUGUGUGAUUGGAUGCUUGGCUGGCAAUUGACCUAUUAAACCAUCCCAAUAAAAAUGAUUUAUACCAUA